CUAAAACUGAAUUGAACGGUCGCAUAAUCUUGGACUUGGCUUUGUUCUUAACGCCCAAGAGUGCAUCGAAGGUCGCUUUCUAUCGAUUUGGUUUCACGCGUCGCAAGUUAAAAGAGUGUGUUGAAUAUUGGAAAAUAAAUACUGAAAUUGCUAAGCCAGCAAUACUCACAAUGUUGAAAUUUAUCAUUGCCUUGUGCAUUUUCUCAAUGCUCAAUUGCUGCCUGGCUGAGCAAAGUUCACGUGAUAAGCGUCAGGCUGAAAAGCUGCAUAUAACUCUGCUCUAUGAGUCACUUUGUCCGGACAGCAGAAACUUUAUGCGUCAACUGGGACCUGUUCACGAGGAACUGGAGCCAUACAUUGAUAUUGAAUUGGUGCCAUUUGGCAAAUCUGCGUCUGAGGACAAUGGAGCGCUGUUCCACUGUCAGCAUGGACCCGCCGAGUGUGAGGGCAAUCGUCUGCAGAGCUGUGUCAUUAGUAGCACCAAAAACCAGGCGAUUCAGGUGAAAUUCGUAGUCUGCCAAAUGUUUGCCUCGGAUUAUGCAAAUGCUGACAAGUGUGCCAGCGAGGCGGGUCUCUUGACGGACGUUGAGCAUUGCAUGAAGACCGAGACGGGCACUAAGCUGCAACUUCAGGCGGAGCUCAUCACAAAUCGUUAUCGUCCCAGCUUUGUGCCCACGAUUGUCUACAAUCAUGUAUUCAGUCAGCAGCUGCAGGACAAGUCUCUGCGCAAUUUCCGGGCAACCGUUUGCUAUUUGUUGCGCCAACAAAUCUCCCUGCCCCCCACAGUGUGUCAAUAAAUCGCAAAAUGUU